GUCGAGCACCCAUACACGAAGAUGAUGCGUCUUUCGAUCGCUUCGCCUUCGGCUGUUACCUUCUCUCCCAAAUUAACCCUCUCAUCGACCUUCAAUGCUUCCUUCCAUGGCGUUCGAAUCGCUCAAGUCUGGCCCACGCGCCGUCCGAGCUUCUGCUCCAUUCGAACCCAUUGUUCUUCUUCCUCUUCUGUGGUGAUGAUGGCUAAGAGAGAAGAAGAAUUGAAGGAGAUCAGAGCGAAAACUACUGAGCAAAUCAACGAAGAAAUUGUUGACCUAAAAGGAGAGUUGUUCAUGCUUCGGCUCCAGAAAUCGGCUCGUAAUGAGUUCAAGUCCAGUGAGUUUCGCCGAAUGCGUAAAAGGGUUGCUCGUAUGCUCACUGUUAGGCGAGAGAGAGAGAUAGAGGAUGGAAUUAACAAGAGGUUGUCCAGAAAGCUUGAUCGUCAAUGGAAGAAAAGCAUUGUUCCAAGACCGCCUCCAUCAUUGAAGAAGUUACAAGAGGAAGAGGCAGCUGCAGAAGCUAAGGAAUCUGCGUGAGCUCAGCUGAACCCUUCAUCUACGGAAAAUGCUUGGCCUUUUUCUUCUAUUAUUUUUCAUUUUUCUCUUGUAUUUCUUCGGAUGAUUUGAUCUUUAAGCUCGUCAAUUGUAGCUUGAUUGCUGCAUUUGACUACUUAUUGUAUAAUUUAUCAAUCUGGAUUUGUUCUUUCAUCUGUUUUGCUCCACCAAAAAUCUGAUUUCAGGGCAGUUCAUUCUUUUUACUCUACGAGUGCAAGGUUCACUGACAUCUAUCAAUGG